GCAUCUCCCCCCCUUCCUGAUCGUCUCUCCCUCUCAAUUUUCCCGAGAAAAUCCGAGGGAGAACUGCGAGAAAGUUUUGCGAAAUCGGGGACUCGAUUCCGACGCUCCCGCCAUGUUCACGAUGAAGCGAGGGAUGCUUCGCGGUUCCGCUGCAGUUGGCGCGUUCCGUUAGCUCCGGUCCUCGUUCCGAUGAAAUUUUUUGUUCGAGAAGCGAUGGAGAGUUUUGAUUUGAAUGCUUCGUGAGAUUCUCCCGCCCUGAUUUCUCGGUCCUCCGGUGAAGAGAAGGAGCCGAUGGAUGACGAUGAAAUGGAAGGACGGAGCGGCGAGGAAUGCGAUCCUGAUUACGAGUUCGACGCGGCUCGUUUCUACGAUUUCCGUCGGUCCGAGACGUGCUCGGAGGCCGAAGCCGCCGAGCGUUGGUUUGAAUCCGCCGGAACUUAUCCGCCUUCGCCCUUUAUAGUGAAACUGAGGUGGAGCAAUGAUGAUCUGAGAGGAGAUGCAGAGACGUCCUCGAAAGUGGAUGGUCAAGAAGACAUGAAUUCUGUCACUACAGACACAGAUCAUGACAUGGACUCGGAGGUUUCAGCACUAAACUGCAGCGACCAAGCCAAUAGGGAGAAAGAGGCAAAUAAGCAAGAAGUCUCACGAGCGGAAGAGACCCCAAAAGUCAAAACCAAGCCACUGGUGAAGUCAUCCUCACCUAGGAGCUCAACUUUGAUGAAGCCCACAGCCAGCUACUUGGCCAAGCAAAACUGGAGCCUAGAAGUUCGCUUUAGUAGUUUCUUGAGGUCCGACAAGUUUUCAGUCAAAAAUCAUAAAACAUCUUUGCAGUGCUCACCCCUAAGUGACAAUCGAGCGACCAAACGACAAAAGCUAGAAGCAGGCUAUUUGCAAAAGGUUGCUAAUUUGAAGCACCAAACUCCUCUACAUCACAAAUUAUCUUACAAGGUUGGAUAUGACAUCGACUCAGUGCUCGUUAGACGGAACUUUACAAUCCCGAGAGAGUUUUCUUUGGAAACAGCCCGUAGGGCACAAAAACACAGUUUCAGGUCCAAAAAUAGAGUAGAGUCUGGUGAACAUGCCAAAUCAAACUCGCCAGUUUUGAAGGCAUGUCGAUUGCAUCAUAAAGUACCGUUAGCAACUCUCCAUAAGAAAAGUACAUUAGGGUUCCAGGAAGUUGAUGUUUCUUCUGUUUCUGCUUCAGAAAAUGUAAUGCCAGAAGUUAAUAGACCGAUUUCUGCUGAUACUCACAAUCAGAAAUGUAAUAUUGUUCCUAAAAUUGGAGCUUCAGCAAAUAAUAAGGAAACAAAAUACCGAAGGAAAAAGCAUGAUCCACCAGUGGACCUCUUUGAAAAGCUGUCCUUAGAAUCUAAAUUUCAUCUGAAUUCAAAGACUCGGUCGAAAGUGCCUCCGGUCAGAGAGGUUCACUUUAUUUGAUGGCACAGGGAUUUAAAACAAAAUGCGGUGAUGUUGAUUCAACAGGAAUAUGAGGUAGACCCUGGACUAGACUGUUCUUCACGUUAACGAAGAACAGCUAAAUCAAUUCGUAAGUUUGCAUCAGAUCUCACACAGUUACAUCAGCAGAUGAUAGAAAAGGCGAAUUAGAUAUCACCCAGUGUCAUCGGAUGGCAGAUUCAGUGUGGGAGGGACAAGCAGAUUGCUGGAGUCGGACCACAAGCCGGCAUUGACAGACGAGGCCAGUCAUAUCUUCUUGUACCAGCUGUUCGAGAUGACUGGAUCCCAUUGUGGCUUUUUCAACGCGAAGGAAUGCCUAUUCUUUUCGGCAGAAAGUCGUACAGAGUAGUCAUUAAAGAUGCAUGUGGGUCACCAUGAUUGUGGCAUACACCACCGAUCGCAGUACUAGACGCCGCAUGUAGGCCUUUGCUUUUCCCAUCCACAUUUGGAAAUGUGAUCUGAGGUGCACCUGCCUUUGUGUGCCUUAGGAGCGUCAACAUCAGGUGAAGAAGGCAUCUACAGAAAAUGAUCCCAAGAGGUCACCUGGGUAUAAAGGAAUCGACGGGUAAAAAUUGCUCUUAUAAGGAUAAAUGUUGCAGCUCAAAUCUUUUGGCAUCCGCUGAGGAUGGCUGUGCCCAAUUACAACGGUACUUCCCAUAAUUUAAGCCUUUUUACUUGGAUGGGAUAUGCCAGUCUGCAACAACAAAAUCAAUUUUCAUGGCUUUGCCUUUCCACAGUUUGUUUUACCGCGUCGGUCAAUAGAAUUUGCAUGUAAGAGAUAGCUGUGCCCUCGUACCUUGUAGAAAAUGCAGGCAUGAAUGAUUGGAGAGACAUUAGUGACAACUACCUUA